CCGGUGGGGAUGCGGAUAAAGAUUGUAGAGGAGUGCCGCAUGGAAGAGGGCAUAUCCCCAGAGUGACCAUGGUGCGUUGGCGUGACUGAGGAGGCAGCGAGCGAUCUGAACCAAGGUACUCAUUGGUGUUCCCACCAGUAGAAGCAGUAGCAGCAGCAGCAGAAUCAGCAGCAGAAGCAGCAGCAGAAUCAGCAGCAACAGCAACAGCAGCACCAGCAGCAGGAGGUGCAGCAGCAGCAUCAGCAGCAGCACGUGCAGCAGCAGUGGCAGCCGGAGGAGGAGCAGCAGCAGCCCCAGCAGCCGGAGGAGCAGCAGCCGCAACUGCAGCAGCUGCAGCAGCCGCAGCAGCAGGAGGAGCAACAGCCGAAGCAGUAGCCUUGCCGGCAUCACCACACCACUCUCCCUUCAUGCUCCCACACGAGGAGCUCUUUGUUUUCUAGCAGUAAACACCUGCCCCCACG